GCAAAAGAUGAGAAUUGAAGAACUGAAAGGAGAGAGGGAUUUCCUCCGAAGUCAGCUAUCAUCUCUGUCAACGCAACCUAAAGACGAACCAUUAAAUGAUACGUUUAUCAACAAUCCUUCUGAAAACUUGGAUUCAUCUUCCACAUCUUCAUCUGCAUCAUCUGAGUGGUCAUCCUCAUCCUCAUCUUCACCCCCAAAGAAGCAAAAGCGCAAAUUCAAAAACAAGCAUUCAAAAGCCAAGAAAUACAAGAAGGAGGAAAAGAAGUUCCGGCAGCGUGUCCGAACACCAAGUGAGAUUGUGCAGAGAUACAAGUCCCUCCUCAAGACAUUUCCAAAGAUGAAGACCUUGUCCAAAGCUUUUCAGAAGCAUGGGAUUGACAGAAACACAGUUGUGUCCACGGCAUCAGUUGCUGAGCUCGCUAUCGCAGCUCCUCUUGUUUACCAGGAGCUGAUCUCCAACAAGCCCAGUGGAGAGACGGUACUCCAUUUUGCUAAGCGAUGUGAGGAAGAGAUUCAAAGCAAUGAUGAAGUGAAAAACAAAAUAGAAAGCAUGAAGGCUGAUGGAUCUUUGCUUCCAAUUCGAAGAGGCAAGUCUGUCUGAAAGCCUACUCAGUUAUCUGACUUGUUCUGUUUCAGCAUAUUUAGCUAUAGAACAGAUGUGUGUGAAACUGGUAAUUUUUUAACGAUCUGUUCAGUUAUGUGUUCAGUUUCCACACAACAAAGAUUUUUUUUGUCAUUUUUGUUUAGAAGGUUUUGUGUGUUCUAAGUGUAACCAAAACAACUGCACAUGUUAAGAUAGAGUAUUGUCUAAUGUUAUAAGGCAGCUUGUUAUACUUUUCAUAGUAAGGCCCCUAGUCUUCAAAAAGUUUACUGGUUAUAAAUAAUUGUUAACUAGUUUCAUACUAAAAAAGUUUCAUUUUACAUUUAAAAAUGUUUAAGAGUCAUUAAUAAACACUGAUAUGUUUUAUACUUUACAAUAAGGCUCCCUUUUGUAAUUAUAAAUGUUUAUUAACUAUUAAUAAAUAAAGACAUAUUUUACACUUUACAAUAAGGCUCCAGUUUGUAUUUAUAAAUGUUUAUUAAUCAUUAAUAAAUAAAGACAUGUUUUAUACUUUACAAUAAGGCUCCCUUUUGUAAUUAUAAAUGUUUAUUAACUAUUAAUAAAUA